GUUACGCCAUUUUUGUUGGGGAGCAGCAGUCGUGUCCAGAAAAGGAGGAUCAGAUCCAGUACAGGUACAUUAGAAACGGUACCGCGUCUUUUCACCUCUGUGAGUUGUCCGGAGAGCGGGACACUUGCUUCGUCUCACGCACACACACGCCAUGUCGACAGAGAACCUGGACUCGGACACUCAGGUGGACUACGAGGACGAAAAACAGGUGGGUUUGUCCCUGCUGUCUCAGUGUUGUUGGCUAACCACCGAGCAUGCUAACGGGGAGCGGCUAACACCUGCUAGCUCAAGUAAAGAGUAGGGGAGGGGGGAGUCUGUGCGACCCUGAAAACUGUGAUAAAUCUGCCCGUUUGUCUGAAAUGUCCCCACCGUGGCUGCUGACCACCCUGUCCCUGUGUCACUCUGUUUUGUCCCUUGGCUUGUGUCAUUGGCUGAAAAGUCCACAGCAGCUUGGGCCUCAUUGGUCUGUCCUGGAGGGUCCGAAAACGUGCCAUGACAGGCCGAAAGUCACAUCAUUUAGUCCUGUCACUGAGUUCACAUUGAUCCAGUGUGGGAAAAAACAAACAUGCAUGAAGGGGUAAUCUGACUUUUACGUCCUGAUUGUCACAUGGUCUCAGACUCCAGAUGGUCUUCCCAACAUCUGCAGUCUGACAGGGGGAGUUCCGCAUUUUCACACAGUGCAACAACAACAACAAGCACAGUGAUGUGCACACGGAUCAAUUCUUUAUCUAAGGUACACAGACUUCAUUAUGGGCCAGGAGAGAACAUCUAGUGCCAAAGCCUGACAUCUAUGUCUCCUGAUGGAAGUGUUAAAAAGGGGUGGAAAGAGUGUUAAAAUAGUCUUUUUAAGCACAAUUAGUUACUUUAAUGACAUUUUCCCAAGUAAAAGUCACAGUUUCUUCAGGCAUCUUAGGAAAGAAAACAAAUCGAUUAUCAAUGGGAACUAUUUAAAGACUAGUGGAAAAGUUGGCCUUGCUACCUGCUGGGUGCCUCCCUCUCUGUGCACUGUUAUUGUAGUCUUGUGUUAAGUAGGGCUGGGCGAUAAAACGAUAAUGAUAUAUAUUUUAAAUUAAUUUCCCUCAAUAUCAAUAUAAAAUAUGUACUGUGUUCGAAAUGGAUCCCUAACCCCUAUAUGGGGGUUAUUUUGAGGGGUGUCCGAAACCUGAGUGAUCAAUUCCAAUGUCCCAUAUAGGCGACUCAAAAGUUCCCAUAGAGCAUUGCAAAAUGUAGUGACCAUCCACUUACCGGUGGUGGGCAUUCCGUCAUGCAUUGAGUCUCCAGCUGCAAUUCAACUGCCUCAUGACGAGAGGAGCCCAUGGCGCCUGUGCAGCUGAAUCAGCCGACCAUUCAGUCCGCUUUCUCUAGAGCAACGUGUCUCAACGUCAAAGAGACACAAAGACCUCACAGAUGCAGGAGAUUAUUGUAUUUCAAAAGACAUGCAAUCAAUAAACAGUGUUAAAUUUCAUUUUUUAUAUCGUGAUAUAUGCCGAUAUCAACUGAUAUGAAAAAAAAAUACAUUGUGAUAAACUUUUUCCCAUAUUGCCCAGCCCUACUGUUUAGCUAUUUUUUCAGGCAAAGUUUGCACUUUUCCUCAGUUUUGUUCUUGUUUUUCUGGAAAAGUUCCUUGGAGAAAUUUCUGCCAGUUUCUGCAGCUUUCACUGGAGGUAGAAUAUCCCAGAGAACUGCACAUAUUUUCAGCAGAACCAUGCGUGUAAUGUUUUUGUUGUUUUUUGGCAAACAGCUGCAGAUUGGCCACAGCUACUGUGUGGUGGUUGUUUAUCAAACAUGGCCUGGUGAAAAUCCUGUUGUUGUUUUUUUUAAGGUGUGAGGAACUGAUCAUGUUGGCGCCCCCUGUGGUCAAAGCAGUCUCUGCUCAUCUUGUCCUUCACACAUUAAAGUUAUCUAUCUUUAUCAAUCUAGAUAUCUAUUGAACCUAUUAGGAUUAUUUUAAGUGGAAAUAGCAUAAAGGGGAUUGUUUCUUUAGCUGCUUGACUGACACCCAACCCUUCACAUCAGUUUUGGGAAUUUAAAGUCACAAUAGUGAAAAAAGAGCAGUUUUGUUGUUUAUGUUCACUUUUGCUUUUGUAUCAGAAAACUUUCUCACAGAAAUUGGAUUUAAGAUAAAAGUUGCAUGAACUAUUCGAUUCUUUACAACAUGACGAUUGAUCAAACAUUCAAACAUCAUGACAGGGACCCAGUAGAAGAAAACUAAUAGUCUAAAAAUGAACUCAAGUAGAAGGAAAAGUUCUGUACUUGAAUUGUACUCAAUGUUCUUACAGUAUAGAGAGCUCACUUGUAUCCUGUAGGGUGGGAGGAGUAAGACACGCCCCCGUUAUGCAAAUUAGGCUCAUUUUCCCAAACUGAUUGUUGCAAUAUAACCAACAGCAUCCGUGUGUGUGCAGUGAUUUUGACUCUGGAACUAUCUCAGGUGAAUUUAUUGAAUAAUGCAGAGGGGGGAAGGCAUGGUCUCCUGUGCAGGAGGCUUCUUAUCAUGUACAAAAGUCAAGGAUUUACGUGUUUAUGAUGGGUAAAUUGGUUGCACAUUUAGGAACAGUUCCAGAUUUUUUUUAACACAAUGGCAGUGGGUUAAAAAUAAUAGACAUGGCAGCACAGCAGGUGUGAAAUUGGCGUGUCUGUUGCACACCUGUUUGCUUGUAUGGUUAAAUUCAGCUGUGUGUACAUACCGUAAAUCUUUUAAAAUACAGCCUCACUGAAAUAACUGGUUAAAAAAAUGGGCGCAUUAUUCCCCCCUCCUCAGACUCACUGAUCGAUGUUUAAUGAUCAUGUUAAAUGCUAUGUGUGUUUUUUUUUUCUUGUACAGUUCUGUUAAAUAAUUCAUGACCUGUUGCAGCAUGAGACAGUUUUAAUGAGGCACUGGGAACAUGCAGAGACAUUAUCAAGAGUUUAGGGUAAAGCUUGGCACUGUGGUAGCAAAAUCGAACAUCAAUAAAGAUUAUUGAUGCAUUAUUAACAGCUGUUUUCAGGUAGUUAUUGAUUUGAUGACACUGAUAUUUGCUGUUUUGGGGGGGUCAGGGUUUAGGUUCCUCAGGCUUUGGAAAAUCCACGGUUCGGUGUUCGCAUGAGGUCAAACUCUGCUGCACAAUUAGAGACCAAAUGAACUUCUCACUUUUAAAAGCACUAAAGCUCUUAAUAUUUUCAUCAUGACACUUAAAAUGUUGAUGUGUUUAAAGACAAACCUUUACUCGACUGUUCAGUGCUGUAAUAACUUAAAUUAUUCAACUUUGACAUGACAUUGACUUUCAUUUGCAUCCUUAUAAUUCAUAAAAAUGAAUUAUUUAAUACAUCUGAUUUUCCCCUAGCUUUAUGCUGAAGAAACUAAAACAACAGAUCAUCAAACAGCAUUGAAGAGCAGUAAAGUCAAACUUUCAAACUACCUAAGGUUUUUUGUUUUUACACCGAUCUGUUCACAACCAUAAAACCAAUCUACUGGUUUUGGACUCUGCAGUUUCCCUGCAUUAGGGUCAAAUAUAGUAGCUCAUAAAUUUCUCGUCAUGUCCCAAAGUGAAUCUGCACACUCAGUACCACAGCAGCCCCCCCGUCUCCUCCUGAGGGAAUCAGUUCAUUGGAUUCUGUGGCCCGAGUCACAUUUUAGCCCUGUCCUGGCAGCCUUUCCGGGCUGAGUGCCCUAUCUAGUCCGCGCUGUGUGCCACCCACUCCAGGUGUGUGUUUGUGUGUGUGAGGGAAGUGCAUAAAUGCCCUUUGGAGUUUGUCCUCUGUAGCUGUUGGUGCCCCUACACCCACUUUUUCCUGAGAUGGUUUGGUUUGCAGUCAUGUCACCUGGUUCAUACUUUGUACAUAAACAAGGUGUGUCCCGGUGGCCCAAAUUACUGGUUUCAGUGUCCACCAGACAGGGACGUGAUGGCUUAUACCUGACCAGUUUGGCUAGUGGUAGUCAGAGAAAGCAACACAAAUACUUCUGUUGUGUACACAAGUUGGCACCUUGUGUUUUUGUUAUCCCUUCUUAGUGUCAAAAGAACCAGAGCUCUGUGUGUGUCAGCUGAUGGUUUUUUGACCUUAAUACCAGGAGUCUUUACUGGUAAACAUGUAACUACAUCACCAGGAGAACAGCAGGGAUUAUUACACUGUUAACCCUGUUUUUCUGGCUGCUGACAUUUGACCUCCACAAGACACUGAAAACAAAGUUUGUGAUGCUGGUGUGUCUAGUAAAAACUAGAGAUUUAGCACUUUACAUCAUCCGUAGUCACUGAAAGGGGUUUAAAAUGUAGUUUUAAGCACAAAAACUUGAUCUGUAAACCAACAUUUAUUUACUUUGUGGACACUCAGUAGUCACGACAUUGCAACUGGAAUUUCGGGAUGUUCGGUACUUUAUGUAAGUCCAAUUUAUAAAUCUGGCUUUCUGGCUUUUACUGGGAAGAUAAAAUAUUCCAACCUGCAUCCCCACAAGGUGGCAGUAUCAGCAAGGAGGGUAUGACAGACUGUCAAUGAUGUUCACCUAUCAGUCAUUUACUUUCAUACAGUUUGAGAGAAAAGCAAUGCCUUUGCCUCAACAUGUCCACUACCUACAACAGCCCGAGUCAGACCACCAACUGGAGGGAAGUCUCCUGUGGGACUGCUCUACUCUCAUGGUGAACCCAACGACUUACCAAAAACUGUACCAUAGCGUCCUGCAAUUAGCUACUUUUAGCCUCGCCAAGGGCCUCAAAGACCGACACUUAGACCCCUCCUAAGGGCGCCAAGCGCAACAGGUCAGAAUAUAAGCUAAUGGGCUAGUUACCUGCCAUGUUACUCGCCAUUUUAGCUGAACUGGCUCUUUAGAAUCACAGAACCAAACCCAUUAACAAGGUGCACUUCCAUGUGAGCUUUACCAACAUAGUACACUUACAAACUUGUUAUCAAAGUCAAAAUUUUGGUAUAGAGUAAACUGUCCUUUAUUUUUCUAACGUUAAAGACCUGAUCUCUUUGUAGUAAUAGUCAGAUCACUACAGUGAUCAUAAAUCCUUUAGUUAUUGAUAAUUUGCAAAGACAGGUUCACACAGAUAAGAAGAGACCUAGAACCAAAGAUGACAAACAAAUGAACCAAGCCCAGUGAAUAUAAAUAACCUUCUGAGGAUCAUGACAGUUAUACAACCAUUCCUCUCUGCCAUAGGUCAUAACUGUUUCAAAUUCUUCAUAUUGACAAAACAAAAUUAAAACGUGACUCACUCUCAGGUCGUCCUCGGUCACAUUAUAACAUCAUUUACACGGCCUACUGACCUCUUUCAUUGUAAUUAGUGUUUAUUUGAAAGUGGAAGAGUUACAUGCUUGAUUUGCCGGAGAGGACUUGUACGGACGUGUGACUGUUAAAGUUACUUCUUCACUGCCUGGUCUAAAAUAAACUACGUGGAAAACUGUCAUGAAUUAUAAUCAAAGAAGGUGUGGGCGGUUACAUUCUGGUAAAAGACUCUAAAGUCGUGUUUUUUUUUACUUCUGUUUUGUCUCUUUUUGAGGUUUUUCCUCUCAGGCACGGUGGAAUAAAAGACACUGAAAUAGAAGAACAAUCGCUCAGUGACUCAUGAUAACAUUAAGAGUUUUAAAGCAGAGGGUUUUCAAGUGCUGUUUGAGUUCACCUGAAGACUGAAGGGCCUUGUUUACUCCGGUACACUCUUCUGCUGGAAUUUGGGUGAUUUUUGUAGAAGCGGCAGCAUUUUUGAAAUUGCAGUCUGACCGUAAAUGAGCAUCUGUCACAAAAGCAGCUGUUCCAGAAGAUGCAUCAGCCGACAACUUGAAGAGGUGUUGACCUCCUUUUGUUUUUGUCUCCACAGGACUGUCAGGAGAAGAAUGCAAACCCGGUGAUGGCGGAGGAGGCAAAGCUGAAGGCCAAGUACCCAGGCCUAGGCCAGAAGCCCGGCGGAUCAGACUUCCUGAUGAAGAGACUACAGAAAGGGGUGGGUGACCGCGGUUAUAACAUGGCCUGAGAGGAGAACAGUGAAAGGACAGGGUAGUGUCUCAAAAAAAACUACAGGCAUGUUUCUUUUACCUCAUUUAAAGGGUAAUCUCACCCCACUCAGCGCAUUAAACCAGAAGCUUCUUUUGCUCGUUUUUAUUGCAAAUUCUUUGCAGGAAUCGACGGGAUGUGAGCGUCAUCUUCAUUUUCCACAUUUUUGGCAGGUUGUACCCUGUUGAGGAUAUUCCUGAGUGCUGUAGAAAAAGGAUUCAGGCCAUUUCUAAGAAGUACUCUCAUAUCAUUUUGAUCAUACAGAUACAGAGAGAUGUUUCUAGAUAACAGUAAUAAAAGACGGAGGUGUUAUUCUGCAUUUGAAGUUUUUUUGAAACAUCCUCUCAGGCUUCAUCAACUGAAACAUCCAUGAAAACUUGUCCAGGUCUUUUAAAUGAGAUGCAGCCUCUUUGUUGGUGUGUGAAGCACAACAACUUGUUCAGUAGACAUUUUUUUUUAUCUGUAAUAUGAGCCGCAGGACAGAGCACACAGAGGCUCUGAUCUUUCAAACUUUUCACAAUUUGAAAAAAAAAACAACAACCGCUCUCUCCACCUACGCUUACUGUAUAUGUUACUGAGAACUUCUACCUCUGGAGAUUGUUGAAAGUCAUUGUGGGAAAUCACUGACGAGGAGUAGGAGUAGCUGAGGCAGGCUGAGGGGGGGAGCCAAAAAGUAAAUUGCAGCUCUUAAUCAUAACAAAACUCUCAGUAUGAACAUGAGAGCGGGAUGAUAUCUGAGGAUCUAUGAGUGGAGGUUUACUCGUGUCUAUUUUGGUAUUGAUUAAUUCUGCACAGCGCAACAUUAAACCUGAAAUUUGGAUGUUUAAUGACUGAAUCUUAGCUGUUUGUUGUGGUGCACUCCAGGCAGGGAACUUCCUACACAGUAACUCAAACGUUAGAAUAAAAGGUCUUGAUUGGUCUCAGAAGCCUCCAAAGUUUCUGUCAGACACAAAAGUUCUGUAUUUAUGUGUUUGAUUUUCUUUUGAGCCGCUCGGUCAACUUGUCUCUGUAACAGAAGUUUUAAAAGUGUUAACAGAAAACAGAAAAGUAGUAAAAUGUUGGAAAUUCAGAAAUUUUAAGAGCAACAAACCUGCGUGAGAGACUUUGACGGGUAAGUUUCUUGACUGAAUCAGAAUCAUGUUUCUGAAGCUGUCGUCACUUUUUUUUUCUCUUUUUGUCACGCAGCAAAAGUACUUUGACUCGGGCGACUACAACAUGGCCAAGGCCAAGAUGAAGAACAAGCAGCUUCCUGUGGCGGGGCCCGACAAAAACCUGGUGACCGGCGACCACAUUCCCACGCCGCAGGACCUGCCUCAGAGGAAGUCGUCCUUGGUGACCAGCAAACUAGCGGGCUAGCUGACACCAUCUGAGAAGCACCCCUUCCCCUCCUGGGGCUCCCGGCAAACGUCCCACCUCCUCGUCCUCACCCAUGUCCCAAAUCUUGUCCACCCCUCCCUCCCUCCCCUCUCUUCCUUUUUUAUCCCCAGGCACCACUGGCUUUAACAUGUCAGGCAGAGUUGUAUAAGUUUAAGAACUCCAUUUUGCUUGUAUGUGGGCGGGGCCGGGUGGGAGGGAUGAAGGUUCAGGCGAUCCCACGAGGUCGCAGCCCUCUCUGCCUUCCCACCACGCACAGCUCUGCCCCCUCUGCGCACUCUGCUCUACCGCCUCCUUUAUAUCUUGGUUUUCGGUGUUCCAAGAUGCAUCACAGUAGGUGUGUGUCAUCAAGCAGGGGUUGGAUGGGGUGAGUUAAUGCACUUUGUAGUCUGUAUAGUAUGCCUUUGUUCUUUUUUGCAUCCUAAAUGACACCAAAAUAAUGUGUGAAAGGGAGUUAGGAACCAUAACCGCGGCACGCUCUUCGGUUUUACGUCCAUGUCGGCGGCUUGCUUCAGCGGGGAGAUGUAUGUGAAUAAUCGCUUGCAUACCAAAUCUGUGAGUGGGCAGCUGCCUAGCUUGAGUUCUUGAUUAUUCACUGACACCAUAUUGGGAAAUGGGACAGUGAAUGUAGGAUUCUUUUCAUCUCACGUUUUCAGUCACUUUACGGCGAACAAAAUCUGAGAUCAUCUGCUGCAGCUCGGUCAGACACCGGACUUGAAAACCCCGACUUCUUUUGUUGUUGCCUCCUCUCUCUGCUCAUGUCGCUUAAAUCUCAACCUGCUUUACUAAAAUAUGCUGCAUGAUUGUAAAAACUGAGAAUUUUGUUUUUCGACAGAAGUGGGGCACCUGCUUUGAGUUCGGAAGUAUCAAAACAAAAACACUCGAGCCCUCAGACUUUCACAGUCAUACUUCCUUCCCUCUUUUCCUGUUUGCUGUCCUGACAAUCCAUGUGCACACACACGCUCCAGUUAGGGGGCACAGGGCGCGAGCCAGCUGAGUAUAUCGUCAUAUUAUUGUUAAUGGCCGGAAAACCUGCCAAUAUCGGAGCUCAGUCUUAGUUCAGCCGCCGUCGAGUUGCAUCAAGAUGUGUGUUUACUAUGAGCCUAAAAGAUUUGUGGGGGGUAUGAAUCUCCUUACAUAGAGUAUAUAUGCUUCUGUAAAUAAACUUGGAAAAGCACGUUGUGAUAAGCUUGGCGCUUUGAGGCCCAGACCUGCUAACAUGCCUAAGAGAGAUGGUCGUGCUGAAUAGAUGUAUUUGGAUCCGAUCCUGAAAUUUCUGGCUUGGAACUUUUCUGCUUCACCAAGAGAGCCAAAUUUCACGCUGCAGCUAUCAUCAGAGUCAGAAACUGUGUGAAGAGAUGUCUUUUCAUCCUGACUGUCAUUGUGAGGAAAAUUUGGGCCUGAGCUGCUCUGGCAUGCGACCACACGCUUACUUUUGUGUCACCUUUGAAAGGCAGAUUCUAACACCGCAAAAAAAAAUUUAGUAUUUCAGUCUCAGAAGUGGAUAUGUUUUUUUUUUUUAACCAGUCUGCUAAAUUUGUCCACAAAAGUCCCAUCGGAAAGACCGAAGUAACCACAAUCGAUGCCUUCAUAGAGGGUUCAGCGGUGCAAUGAAUGUUUUUACACAUUUGGGACUUCCCAAAAGAAUCUCUUAUUUUAGCUGCUUGUCAAAGCUUCAAAAGAACCCUCAUUUCCCAGUUUUUGUUGGAGCUCUCUAAACUUUCCUGAUACAUCUGUAAAAGUCCAGCGAGGUCCUGUGACUAUAUCGCUGUCUUUAGUGCUCAAAACACAAGAAUACUUUACCUCCCUAAAACCUUAGCUGAAAUAGAGACCUACUUAUUCAAUCAGCAACAUCUUAGAAAAACAUUUCUGCUUCACUAACAAAUACUAGUCUGACUGAUCCUUUGCUCUCAGGAGUCAAAGAGUAAACAGCAAGCAACCUGAUAACCACAGGUGUCAGCCCAGCUCCCAACGCCGUCAUCACGAGCUUAAAGUGGGACACUGCAUGCCUGUAGAAUACGCUCACUGCAACUCUUGGCAAACAGCAGGAGGUUUUAUAACACACGUUUAGUGAAGUGAAGCUCUGCACUCUGGCUCCCUCUAAUAUGUGGUUUGACCUCUAACAACAGUUGCAUUUACUGUCCCAACGCUGAGUGCAUGUCGUCCAAGAAUUUGAACUGGAUGCCGACCCUUAUUGAGAAUCAGCCUCACUGUAUGAUAACGCUUCAGGGAACCCUCACAGAAGCCCACUCCACCUUGGUGAUAGGCUAGGUUAUCGGGUGCAUGCACCUCACUUUCUCAGCCCCACUUGUUCUUCACUGAGACUUUAAAAUGUGUCAAAUUUGCAGCAGGUGAAAGAGAGCUGACCUGACCGUAUGUGCUUAAUCUGACAAUGUAUGAAUGCCUAGCUUUUCUCUGUUUUAGCCAAUGUAAAUAGAGUUCAACAGGAAGGGAUGUUUGUGUUUUCUCUCCCUCAUCCUUCUCACUCUUUCAUAGCCUGAGCUCUUUUCUGAUUGAAUGGUUCCUCUCUCCUUUCCAUUAACACUACUUCUGCUCAAUCCAAGCGACACGCAGAGGCUAUGUGAAUCUGUAUCAUAUGAAAAUAUGUGUAAAUGCUGCUGAUUCAGUCAAAGACAAAUCUAAGAGUUGAUACCCUGUAAAGAACACCUGUCCUCUUCAUUAUACUAGUUCAACGCUUGAUUCCCCAAGUAUCUCAGUUAGAGUCCUGUUAAGUCCACUAAUUCAAGACUGGGCAGCGUGAAUUCUGCUGCUCAGUUUUAUGAUGCUUUGUUGGAUUUGAUUCAGUUUGUGUCACUUAACAUGAUUCAGAUUUACUAUUUAGCAUCAUAUUCUGUUAAAAAAAGUUGACAGUUCAAAUAUUGCUAAAAGAGACGGGCAAAUAAGCUGCAACAGGUUCUAUGAAACAACAGUGGACAGGAGUUCUUGAAUGCUACUCGAUGUUUGGCUUUGCACGGAGCAGUUCAACGAGAGGGGAAAAGCAGGGUUCAUUUCAGCUCCAACUCACAGGGUGUCUCUCGUUCAGCUAUGAUAAACACGUGCCAGAAUGUAUAAAGAACUGACAGGCUGUGUGCUCUGAAGUACUUUUGUGCUGCUUUUACCUGAUCUGGUUUCUUGUUGUUUUUGCAAAUUGUUUCUUUUUUUGUUGUUGUUUUGUUUGUUUCCUUUGUUCUCUUAUUGCAUAAUGAAAAAAAAGUCAUCCUGGCCCGAGAUAACUGCAGGGAAAUCAGAGAAACCCUUGCUUCCAAGAAAACAAAAGGGUUUACAUAGUAAAGAGGAUGACUGGAAACACAGGAAUGAUUUUAUGACUUCAGAAAGUACAAGAGUACUUGGAAUGUUUCAGUUGUGUGGGAGUAGGUGAGAGGAUUUUUGUCAGUAUUUGAAAUAAACUUUUACAUUAAUAAGA